AUAUGUCUAGUUUGUCAACUAAUGAGACAAAAAACUAAUAAUUAGAGGAACAGAAAAACGAUUGAACGUUAAACUUCAACUCAAACUUGACAGUCUCAGGUGUAUACACGUUUUUAAAAACCGAUUUAUUUCACUUUUUAUACUCAAAUCCUUACCUCCCUGUGAUACAUUUUACAAUUUUAACGAAAAAUACAGGUUUUACUUAAUUAUUAACAAAUUUUAACAUGGCGGCGUUUCAAAUUCAUGAAGAUAUUGAAAAUAUAGGUGCUAGAACCAAAAAAAUCUUGGGUAUGAAGAUACCAAUAAGGAAGGAAGUUGGAAAUAACUACCAAAGGAUUCCGGUCAAGCAGUAUUUCACCAAGAAGCAUGAAGAAAACAAGGUGCAGAAGAAGAGCUUCUUUAACAAUAGGGUACCACUACAACCACCAAAGGCACAGAAUAUUUUGUUGGACGUUUCUUUGGAAAAAAAUAAAGAGGAAGAAGAUAUCGAUGGAUCAUUUCUAAUUAUCGAGAAAGAAAACAAGAUAGAGACCGUGAAAGAAGAGAAGGAUCCUUUUCCUGUAAGUCUGCUCCACAACAAUGAGUAUAGAGAGGAGAUAUGGACGUAUUUGCUCAAUUUAGAACAGCAACUGCCAUUGCCACAGCCCAAGUUUAUGGCGAAGCAACAGGAGAUCACUUGGGAUUCGAGAAGUAUUUUGGUCGACUGGCUAGUGAGUGUGGCUGAAGAGUACAAAUUGGCGGACGAAACGUUGCACUUGAGUGUCAACUACAUCGAUAGGUUUUUAGGUCACAUAUCUGUGGCCAAGAACAAAUUCCAACUCGUGGGAGCCGCUGCGAUGAUGAUAGCUACGAAAAUGGAGGAGUAUUACCCGAUCGACGCCAAAGAAUGGUCGUAUUUAACCAGCGACACGUUCACUCCUCAACAAGUCCUUAAAAUGGAGCAGGUCGUUCUGAAAGUGUUGAGAUUUCGAAUGCAGACGCCCACGAUAAACGGCUUCAUUCAACAGUUGGCCGUGGAGUACAAGAUGGACGAGAAGACUCAGCAUCUGGCGAUGUACAUCGCCGAGCUAGUACUUUUAGAAGGCGACGACUAUCUCACUCAUUUUCCCUCCAAACUGGCCUCCGCUUGCAUCGCUCUCGCCCGGUACACGCUACUCAAACGAAUCACGUGGCCGAAGAAACUGAAGAAGGCCAGCGGCUAUUCCUUGAAAGAACUCAGUCCCGUGGUGAAGAGACAACACAAGACAUUGAAGGAUUCGCCUUUGAAGCAGCAACAGGCCGUCCAGACGAAAUAUAAGAGUCCCAAGUUCAGUAGGGUGGCGUUGACCAAACCGAGAUUGAUAAUUAUGGAAGAUUUUAAUAUAGAUUAAGAAUGAAGGCUCUCUUCGUUCCAAAAUUCGACCUACUUCGUAAGACUAAACCUCCUCGUACUGCCAGUUCUUUAUAAAAGUUAUAUUUAAACUAAAAUGCAAACUUGACGUAUAUUUUUUAACCCCGCAACCCGAAUAGGUCUAUCUUUUUUUAUUUUAAACGAGCGUCGCCUGAAUCUGACACUAAUUUGGAUUUGAAUAUGAAAGAAGUCAACUCGUGCUUAAUUUGUUCCAUACAGCACUCCGUAAUACAUAUUAAGCGUAUAGUGCUUUUUAAUAAAAAAAUAUUUCUCUGCUAGAGCAUGGCAAAUGUAAAUUUUGGUUGUACUGCUUUAACUAUAGUCCAGUCAUUAGAUAUUUGAUCUCUAAAAACAAAACGAACAAGCUGAAUUUUGCUGAGAAUGUCAAUUUUGGGACCCAAAAAAAAAUGCAGAAAAGUAUACCACUCCUACCCCUGGCUUUCCCCUAAAUCAGCAGUUUCCAACCUUUUUGUACCUGCGCCCCCUUAAAAAAAUGGUUGCGCCUCCUUAAUUUUUCUAACAAUCUAAUUUCAUAAUUUCAUUUUUCAUAUUUCAUAAUUUCAUAUUUCAUAUUCAACUGAUAUUAUAAUUUGUUUAAUCGGCUACAAAAUAAUAAAUAUACAAUUACAGGUAAAAAUAUACAUAAAAAAAUAAUAAAAUUUGGUUUUUAAUAGUAUGUAUUUACCCCAUUUUUAAAUUAAUUUUCAGAUACCUAUUUUAUUACAAUUUCUUAAUUCCUAAUUGUAACAGCUGCAUACCCCCCUUGUAACAGUCUAGCGCCCUACAGGUUGGAAACCACUGCCCUAAAUCCUUCCGCGUAAGGGGGUACGAAAACAAUCGAUUUACUAAGAAUAUGUACACUAGGGUGGCCCUUAAAAUAUGUGAGAAAAUUAUUAAUUAAUAUCUUUUACAUUAUUGGCUGUCAUUGCAUGGAGCCUCAGGGACCCGGAGCCACCAUUAAAUAUUUUCAUAUUUCAAUAGAAAUUUAUAUUUUAAAAAUUCUCCAUAAAUGGAACAAUUUUAACUAAUGUACACCGUAGAUAAAAUGUUUCAAACAAGCAAUGUAGCUGAGAUAAUUUCAAACAAAAAUGUUUGUUAGCACUUUUUUUGUAGAAUGAACCAUUCUCUCAGAAACAACGCUUGAAGCAGCUGGCAAUUUUGAAUGCCAGUUACGCGCGCAAAAUACAUUAUUUAAAUAAAAUUUAUGUUAACUCAACGGGAAAAAUUUGAUAUCUUUUGAUCAGAGUGGCCCAUCGACAAAAAUUAAAAUGAGUUUUUAAGGCGAAGAGUGUAACUUUCGUAUGCACUUUUUCCAUUUUGUCGUAAAUUUAAUCAGUUUCUAUGAAGCUGUUAAAUAAAGAAACGUUGCGCGAUUUUUACUAUUUUUUACGAUUCUCAUGAGAUCAAUAAAAUGUAUCACUUCCACUGACCGGUCGCUAUAGAAUUUUCAUAAUUAAAGUAUAAUCUUCAAAACAUUAAAUUUCAGAUUUUCAGUUUUGGAAACAAAUAUGAGGCAUUUGAAAUAUACCUAAAAAAUAUUGAAUUUAAACUUUCACAUUGCAAACGAUUUCACGUCAUGGAAAAUGCUUCCACGAAGAUGGUAUUAAGGGAAAUUUGUAACUAAAAUUAUGUAGUUAUGAGACACAUACUUGUGCAAUCGAAAAUAAGCAGUUUUAAAUGUUCUAUUUGAAGUAUAAGGCUCAAUAUAGUCACUUCGUGUAGACAAGUCUUAAAAUUUCAAGGGAGACCUUCGAAAAGAGGCAUUUGAAAUAUACCUAAAAAAUGCUGAAUUUAAACUUUCACCUUACAAAUAAUCUCCCGUCACCGAAAAUGUUUCCACGAAGGUGGCAUUGAGAGGAAUUUGUAGCUGAAGUUGUCUAGUUUUGAAGCACAUACUUGUACAAUUAAAAAAAAGCUGUUUUAAACGGUUUAUUUGCAAUGUCAGACUCAAUAUAACAUUUUAUUUGAAAUAUCAGACCCAAUAUAACGAUUUUUUCGUAAUUUUUCCAACGAACUGUCAAUAUUGAUGGAAUGGCCCCGUCCCAUUAAAACAAUGAAGCGAGAUUGCGGCCAACAUACAAGAGAGAAGUCCUAAGAGACAGAGAAUUUGUCACGGAAAAUUUGGGCCGUGUAAUUUAAGUUGCCUAUAUAAACUUAAAUUGGGAAAAUGGACCUCAUAUUUUUAACUUGGUAUCAGGGCUGAUGGGUAGUAUUUCAAAAUUUAAAUACUUUUUUGUAUUUAAAUACGUCAGAACUCUCUUCUUUAUUAAAAGAAGUACUGGUUUUAGUCUUUCUUUUUGGCAUAUUCUAUUUUGUAAGUUUGAGAACUGCGCCAUGAUAAUGAUAAAGAGAAAGACUAAAACCAGUACUUCCUUUAAUGAAGAAGAGAGCUCUGACGUUUUUAAAUACAUAAAAAUAUUUAAAUUUUGAAAUACUGCCCAUCAGCCCUGAUACCAAGUUAAAAAUAUGAGGUCCAUCUCCCCGAUUUAAGUUUAUAUAGGCAACUCAAAUUACACGGCUUCCCUGACAUUCUCUGUCUCUCUAGGACUUCUCUCUCGUAUGUUGGCCGCAUUAAAUUUGCUUCAGCCCAUUCCAUCAGUAUUGACAGUUCGCUGAAUUUUUCACAAAAAUAUAAAUAUAUAACUUACGAUUUCGACCUUAUUUCGGGACGAUUGAGAUGGUAGAUUGAAGCUGAAUGUUUCUGUUAUUUCGAAUAGUCACUUCAUAGUCACUCUUGUUUCAAGUGACAACUUCUAAAAAAGUUAACAAUGCGCUCCGCUCGAGUACUGCCGGUAGGUUACAAUUUUCGAAGUAGCCUUACAGUUCAAAUAAAACGUUUAAAACUACUUUUUCAUUGUACAAGUACGUGUUUGAAUACUAUAUAACUUAACUUUUUAUAAAGUAUAAAUUCUACCCAAUACCGUUUUCAUAGAAGCAUUUCCCGUGACGUGAGAUCGUUUGUAAAGUGAAAGUUUAAAUUCAGCGUUUUUUAGGCAUAUAUUAAAUUUGUUGUCGGAACUUAAAAUCGAAAUUUCUUUUUAUGGGUUUUGAAUACUAGGCUCUAACAGUGGAAAUUCCACUACGACCUAUUAAUAAAAGUGAUAAAUUUACUGACUUCAUGUGAAUUGUAAAAAAUAGCAAAAUUCGCAAAGUGUAUUUAUUUAACAGCUUUAAAAAAACUAACUUCAUUUGCGGCAAAGCUGUACUCUUCAACUUUAAAAUAUUUUCAGAUUUUUGUCGAUAGGACACUCUCAUCAGAAUAUAUCGAAUUUUUACGGUCAAAAUCGUCUGUCGCUUUAAGUGUUAUUUCUGAGAGAACGGUUUAUUCUACGCAAAAGGUGCUAAUAAACAUUUUUGUUUACAAUUAUCUAAGUUAUAUUUUAGGUUAUUUGAAAUAAUUUUUUCUAUAGCUUACAUAUUCUUGGUAACUCGAUGUUUUUUACAUCGCAGGCAAACAUUAUUGCAUUUUUUUGAGGCCUCAAAAUUUACAUUACCAGCAAAAUUCGUAUGAAUUUGAGGUUUAGUGGCAUUUUUGUCUCUGACGACUGCACUAUAUUAAUAUAAAAAAUUAUCUCCAACUGUACGAAUAAAAAUACUGAAUAGUGAAUUAUUUUACAUAUAUUUGGUUUUUAUUAAAUUGCUUGCUCUCUGUUUUGGUUUCCAACGUGAAUAUAUCGAUUUAUGUUUGCUCUACUUCCAGCAAAUCAUUAUUUAAUUAUAUAUCUCACGUUUUUCUUAUAUAUUUCAGUUUUAGUUAUCAGUCUGUCAUUUACUCAUUUGAAAGAGUUUUUUGAAUUCAUUUAUUACUUUUACAUCUUUAUUUUCGUUUUUUUAUUAUUUUUUUUCACAAUUUACCUUUUUAAUCGUGCAUUUUAUAUAGUAAUUUACAAAUAUUAUCUAUCACUAUCAUACUCACUGCGCCAGUUCUGAUUUUUCCCAGCUACUCUCGUUUACAGAAAAACUGAUUAUACAGAUUAAAAUUACAUACGCAUACAAUGCUAUUUUGCGAUUCUUUAUGGUUAAAAACUUUUAUCACCACAGGAUUUUGCUUACUGCGUUUAAAACUUGCAAAUUUUUUGUAGUUUUUUGGAAAUAUAACUUUUGUAAUGGAACUGUCAAAAAUGUAGUUUACACGUACUAGAUAAAUUAAUGUUGUAUAUGUUUUAUUCUUUUAUUGAUUGUAUAAAUUAUUAUAAGAUAUUUGAAGUGUACGUUUGUUUUAAAUCGUAUUAAUAUUAUUUUAGAUAUUUAAAUAUCAAUUUACUUCUUUUAGUAUAAAUGUGAAUAAUGUUGUUGACUAUAUACCAUUAUU